AUGUGGACAGAGAAUAAGGUCAAUAAACAUACUGCAUGUUGUAUCUUCAGCUUCGUGUGGGAUAAUACAGAAGAUGAUGGUCUGCAAGCAGGCAAGACAAAAAUACUGGCUCUUAGUAAAAGUCAUGAACUGUUUGUCUAUGAAUUCACGCUAGAAGAUGGAAAAUACAACCCGAUUUCCCUGCACAGGUGUAAGGAAGAUACACUUAAAAAGCUCCUUGAAGUUAAAAACAUUAGUCUGUCUUCAAUUGUCUCUUUGAGGAUACUGUCUUUUCAAAACAACAAAUGUAUACUUCUGCUCAAUAAGUGUGUUGUCGUGCAUCUUACCUUUGCUGGAGGAGACUCACCCUUAGAGACAUGCGACUGCUUUACCCUUGAUUUGUCUCCGCAAGUUUUGGGAAGAGUAACAGAUACACAGUUCUGCAGAGGGAUCCUGUUUGUGCUAGACAGUUCUGGCUGGAUUUAUGUAUUUGACUCUUCUGAUGGUGCAAAUCUAGCGAAUGUCAGCGUAGCCCUCUGCCAGGGAGACGUGCGGGAUGAGGACAGGGGUCCAGCCGCCACGUCGCCGCUCACUGCGGUGAAAGUGUCGCGUGAUCUCAGUGUUGCUGUGAUCCUCAGUUCUUCCAGCUGUGCCAUCUCUGUGGAUCUAAACAUGUACUUCAGACAGUUCCCGGAGCAUUUGCUCUGUAAGAGAGAUCCCGAAAGUCUUCCACUGAAGCCUCCUGAAGGACUUGAUGAGGACGACCUUGCUAGUUCUGACUAUAGCAUGGAGCGUCUGUCAUUGCCUUUCCGCACUGACAGAUCAUGA